AGGGGGGCGGUAAAGCAACAUUAACUCGACGUCGUUCAACAACGCAAAGAAGAAAUGCUCCGGUAGAGAAGAACGACUACAGUGGACAGUCCACCGAUCUAUCUGUGGUGCACUAUUCCUUCCAUGCAGUCUGUGCGGUCUGUAGCCUGAUAAUUGUCCGUUUUUCGUAACAGCCAGAUGAACCAAACAUUACCGUUAGACAACGACAGCAGCUGAUAACUCUCGGAUACAGAAAUGGCAGACGAUGAAAUAGACUACAAUAUCGUGUUUCCAGAUGCAGGGACAUCGGAGAGACACUGGCAAGGGACAAAGGAGCCAGUAGUGAUACUGCUGGGCUGGGCUGGUUGCAAAGACAAGCACCUCUCCAAGUACAGCUCCAUCUACAAUGAACAGGGAUGUGUUACCAUCCGCUACACAGCUCCCUUGAAGACCGUCUUUAUCUCAGAGUCAUUUGGCUACAAGGAGCUGAGGAGCAUAGCCCUGAAGCUGCUGGAGAUACUCUAUGACUAUGAGGUGGAAAACAGUCCUAUUUUCUUUCACAUUUUCAGUAAUGGUGGCUUCAUGCUGUACCGUUACAUUGUAGAGUUGUUGCACAGUGAGAAACCAUUCAGUUCCCUGUGUGUGAUUGGGGCUGUAGUGGACAGCGCACCGGGUAGUGGGAACGUCCGAGGGGCCCUGCGUGCACUGACGGCCACAUUAGGGCCAAAAAUAAGUCCUUUUUUAAGGUAUGUCCUCUUAGCGCUUUUCGCAGUGACUGUUUUCCUGUUACGAGUAGUGCUGUACCCUUUGACCAAGUACAUCCACAAGAACCACUAUGAUGCUGUGCGGGAGAGGCCGCCCGCCUGGCCUCAUUUGUACCUGUACUCCAAGGCUGACCAAGUUAUCAGGCACAGGGACAUUGAGCUCUUUGUGGAGACUGUGAAGCAGAAAGGCGUCCCUGUGGACAGUUUUGAUUUUGCUUUCAGUCCCCAUGUUUGUCAUUUCCAGGAUUUUCCCUGAGCAGUAUACUCUUAAGUGUCGUGAUUUCCUGGUUGCUUGCAUGAAGGACUUAGAAGGGACUGAGAUGAAGAAGAGACACCGAGUUCCAAGUCAAUGAAACAUGGAGAGACUCUCACAGGAUUUUGUUAACCAUCUGUUAAACAGUCUUUUCCAGAUUUUGAACUGAAGCGAAGGAAGUCAGACUACUUAAUUUUUCCUUAGUGGUCUGAAAAAUCUGCUAGAAAUUGAGUCCUAAAAUUGCGUCACAACGGUUGGACUUUGUACUGAACUCGUAUAAGAUCCUGGCAAUGUGUUCUCCGUCCCAGUGCACGUAAUGGGAAGGUUCCACAGAUGUGGUCUAGGUCUUUUGUGCUUAAUCCAUAUCUGGAAAACCAGCCAUAUGCAACACUGUAAUUCACAUGUCCUUGGCACAAAGGCUUAACCUUGCCUACUGAACAGUCAUGCACCACAUGUAAAAAUAACAAUACAAACAGAUGCUAUACACUGGAAAAUUGAGACUCAAAUCCUUUAGCAUAAUUUAAAUGGUAUUUAAUAUUGCUGUUAAAUGUGAUUAACCGUAGACUAGUAGUAGUGAUUCUAAACUGAUGCGACUGGUUAUUGGAAAAUAAUAAUCUGUAUCUUCUAUUUAUAAAAUUUAAAAUGUAUUUAUGGUUUUAAUCAUUAAAUGAAAUCACUAGGUUGCUCACAGUGAAGGUAACUGUGAAAGGAUUGAUCACAUAAUAUGUUUUCUUUGAAUAAAUAAAAGUAUCUAAAUUGUUGCCCCUAAACAGUAAAUGCAAUCUGAUGUUUGUUUGUUUUUUGGACCAGAAAUUGUAGAAUACUCAACACUAAUAUGUGAUACAAAAUUGAUUGAGUUAAAGGAAAAAGGUGAUUGACGAUGAAUGUAUAAGUCCAGCACAACCUAUGUGUUCUUUUUAACUGAUGUGCCUUCAAUAAAUCAGAAUGCUCAUAGAGAA